GUUUGCCUGCAAUGAGAUUUCAUUCUCUACAUUUAAAGGACCUCCUUUCUGAGCUGCUGUGAAUAAAUUUGGAAUGAUACUAUAUAUUUUCAACUAAUGGCGAAUUAGCUGUGUCUUGAAUAAGGAUUGCCGUACUGGACCACUUCAGAACAUUACUCACAAUGUCAUCAAGCAGGAGUCAGAAUCCCCAUGGACUGAAGCAGAUUGGCCUUGACCAGAUCUGGGACGACCUUCGAGCUGGAAUCCAGCAAGUCUAUACCAGACAAAGUAUGGCCAAGUCCCGAUACAUGGAACUCUACACUCAUGUUUAUAACUACUGUACUAGCGUACACCAGUCGAACCAAGCCCGGGGAGCUGGAGUUCCUCCUUCUAAGUCAAAAAAGGGACAGACGCCUGGAGGAGCCCAGUUUGUUGGCUUGGAAUUGUACAAACGACUUAAGGAAUUUUUGAAGAAUUACUUGACAAAUCUUCUUAAGGAUGGAGAAGAUUUGAUGGAUGAGAGUGUACUAAAGUUCUACACUCAGCAAUGGGAAGAUUACCGAUUUUCAAGCAAAGUGCUUAAUGGAAUUUGUGCCUACCUCAAUAGACAUUGGGUUCGCCGUGAAUGUGAUGAAGGACGAAAAGGAAUAUAUGAAAUCUAUUCACUUGCAUUGGUGACUUGGAGAGAUUGUCUAUUCAGGCCAUUGAAUAAACAGGUAACAAAUGCUGUUUUAAAACUGAUUGAAAAGGAAAGAAAUGGUGAAACCAUCAAUACAAGACUGAUUAGUGGAGUUGUACAGUCUUAUGUGGAAUUGGGGCUGAAUGAAGAUGAUGCAUUUGCAAAGGGCCCUACGUUAACAGUGUAUAAAGAAUCCUUUGAAUCUCAAUUUUUGGCUGACACAGAAAGAUUUUAUACCAGAGAGAGUACUGAAUUCUUGCAGCAGAACCCAGUUACUGAAUAUAUGAAAAAGGCAGAGGCUCGUCUGCUGGAGGAGCAGAGGAGAGUCCAGGUAUAUCUGCAUGAGAGCACACAGGAUGAGCUGGCCCGGAAGUGUGAGCAGGUCCUCAUUGAGAAGCACCUGGAAAUCUUUCACACAGAGUUCCAGAACUUACUGGAUGCUGACAAGAACGAAGAUUUGGGGCGCAUGUAUAAUCUUGUAUCUCGAAUCCAGGAUGGCCUGGGAGAAUUGAAAAAGCUGCUGGAGACACACAUUCAUAAUCAAGGUCUUGCAGCAAUAGAGAAGUGUGGAGAAGCUGCUCUGAACGACCCCAAAAUGUAUGUACAGACAGUGCUGGAUGUUCAUAAAAAAUACAAUGCUCUGGUGAUGUCAGCCUUCAACAAUGACGCCGGCUUUGUGGCUGCACUGGAUAAAGCUUGCGGUCGCUUCAUCAACAACAAUGCAGUCACCAAAAUGGCUCAGUCGUCCAGUAAAUCUCCUGAGUUGCUGGCUCGAUACUGUGAUUCCUUGUUGAAGAAAAGUUCCAAGAACCCAGAAGAGGCGGAACUAGAAGACACACUCAAUCAAGUGAUGGUUGUCUUCAAGUACAUCGAGGACAAAGAUGUGUUCCAGAAGUUCUAUGCAAAGAUGUUGGCCAAGAGGCUGGUGCACCAGAACAGCGCUAGUGAUGAUGCCGAGGCCAGCAUGAUCUCCAAGCUGAAGCAAGCUUGUGGUUUUGAGUAUACCUCCAAACUCCAGCGGAUGUUUCAAGACAUUGGCGUAAGCAAAGACUUGAAUGAGCAGUUCAAAAAGCACCUGACGAAUUCGGAACCCCUGGACCUGGAUUUUAGUAUCCAGGUCCUGAGCUCCGGGUCAUGGCCCUUCCAGCAGUCAUGCACAUUCGCCUUGCCGUCUGAGUUGGAACGCAGUUAUCAGCGAUUCACAGCUUUCUACGCUAGUCGUCAUAGCGGCAGGAAAUUGACCUGGUUAUAUCAGCUGUCCAAGGGAGAACUGGUAACUAACUGCUUCAAAAACAGAUACACCUUGCAGGCGUCCACGUUCCAGAUGGCAAUCCUGCUGCAGUACAACUCAGAGGAUGCCUACACUGUGCAACAGCUGACAGACAGCACCCAGAUCAAAAUGGACAUUUUGGCACAAGUCCUACAGAUUCUAUUGAAGUCGAAAUUACUGGUCUUGGAAGACGAAAAUGCAAAUGUUGAUGAGGUGGAAUUGAAGCCAGACACUUUAAUAAAAUUGUAUCUCGGUUAUAAAAAUAAGAAGUUAAGAGUUAACAUCAACGUGCCAAUGAAAACUGAGCAGAAGCAGGAGCAGGAAACCACACACAAAAACAUUGAGGAGGACCGCAAACUCCUGAUCCAGGCAGCCAUUGUGCGCAUCAUGAAGAUGCGUAAGGUCCUGAAGCACCAGCAGCUCCUCGGUGAGGUCCUCACGCAGCUGUCCUCCAGGUUCAAGCCCCGGGUUCCGGUGAUCAAGAAAUGCAUUGACAUUCUGAUCGAGAAGGAGUAUUUGGAGCGAGUGGAUGGAGAGAAGGACACCUACAGUUACUUGGCCUAACGCUUGUGGAGGGGCUGAGCUCAACCCAGCAGGUCAGCCAGCAGGAGAGCUCAUCAUGCCUGCUGCCACGCGGACCACCCUUUUUAACCCUGGCCUUGGCCUCCCAGCAGAACUGCUCAGGACUGAUACAUUUCAAGUCUGUACAUACGGACACCGUCGCCAUUUAACCUAAUUUAAGAACAGAGGGGCUGACCCUUCGUGCGAGGGCUGCAUGCUACUGCAUCUAAAUCAAUACAUUGGCCACCUGUUCGAAGCUGUCGUCGGGCAGCGCCUGCAAUGUCAGCAGCACUUUGAGAGGAAGUCUGAAUGGACCCACGUGUAAUCUGCUAUGGAAACCAUUUGUAUAGUGUGUUUCAUUUUUUAAUGUGUGAAAAUAAAGAAAAUUAAAGGAUUUCUGUAC